AUGGAUAUCUGCAAUAACCACUUGGGGCUUCCAUCAACUAAAUGGCCCGAUGUUUGCCGUUACGAAGCCUUUCUCAGUUUCAGAGGAGGAGAUAUUCGGGGGGGCUUCGUUGAAUUUCUCUACGAAGGCCUCGCUGAUUCAGGGAUCAUUGCAUUUAUCGAUCAUCGUGGGAUCGAGGUCGGAGAACAUAUCAUGCCUAAGAUCUUACAAGUGAUUGGGAAAACGCAGAUCUGCAUUCCCAUCUUCUCCAAAGAUUUCGCUUCCAGUAAGAGUUGUCUGAAGGAGGUAGAGAAAAUGGUGGAGUGUGACAGGACAAUCAUGCCCAUUUUCUACGACGUCUCCCCUUCGGUGGUCGGUGAACAAAAGGAGAGUUAUCGGCAGUCCUUCCGCGACCAUGUGGCCGAUGGAGUGACGUCAACGACUAUAAACAACUGGAAGAAGGCUCUGCAUAGUGUUUCAAGAAAACGAGGAUGGGAAUUGGAGAAAUUCCAGCACGGGCAGCGUGAACUUAUAAAUGAGGUUGUUUCCACGGUCCGCCGGUUGUUGAGGAAGGAUGACUUAUAUGUGACGGCACAUUUAGUGGGGAUGGAUCAACCUGUGCAAGAGGUGAUGAGAAAACUUGGUGUUGGCUAUGAAAAUGGAGAAGUAAUUAAAGGGCAAAUGGUGACAGGAAAACGUGUGGUUGAGAUAUCGGGCCUUCCAGGAAUUGGUAAGUCGACUCUUGCCGCGGUUGUCUACAACAAAAUCCAUCAUCUCUUCGAAGGUAAGAGUUUCCUUAAAGAGGUUGAGCAAACGAGACUCCUGUCUCUCCAAGAAGAUUUAGUUAGUGGCCUCCAAAAGAGAGCAUACACGUUCAAAUCUCCUGCUGAAGGUAACGAAUUUAUCAAGUACAAAUUUGGAGAUCUAAGAGUUCUCAUUAUUCUUGACGAUGUUAGUGAUUUUAAACAAAUCAAUUCACUAGCUGGAGAUCUAAGUUGGUUUGGUCCAGGAAGCAGAAUCAUUGUAAUAUCUAAGAGAAGUAAUCUUGUUGACAACCAUAAUCAGCUAUUUUGUAGUGUUCUUAGAGAAAAACCUCUUAAAAAGGAAUUCUCCUCUUUGGUAUGUGAAAUUAUAUCGGCUGUUGGAGGAAUUCCUCUGGUUAUUGAGGUGGUUGGUUCAUUUUUACGUGGAAAGCCCAUAGAAUUUUGGAAGGAGGCAAUGGGUAGAUUGAAACGAGAGCCUUACACUGCGGAAGUAAAACGAAUUCUGAAGAGAAGAUAUGAAGAUUUAGAAAAAAAUGCCCAAGAGAUAUUUCUUGAUGUAGCUUGUUUUUUUGUGGGAAAGGACAAAACAAUACCAUCUUACAUGUGGGAAGCUUGUGAAUAUGAUCCUUAUAGUGGAAUCAACGAGCUUCACGACUUGUCUUUGGUCAAAACCAGAGAAAACAAUGAAUUGUGGAUGAAUAAUCAACUAAAAGUCCUUGGGAGGGAUAUUGUCAAGGAGGAAAAUCCAAGUGAACCUUUCAAGCGGAGCAGGUUAUGGAAUGAGGAGGAUAUCGAACCAGUAUUGAAUGAAAGGAAGGUAAAUUUUGAAGACAAGAAGGAUUGGCAGGACUCUGCAAGUGAAGCCCUCAGUGCCACAUUCGACAAACCCCAUUUAUUUCCUGAACGUAGAUUCUUUUGUGAGUUCUCGAAGCUUAGGUAUCUUAAAAUGAACCACGCUAUUGUCAAAGCAUAUAAGCAGAGUGCAAAGAGCUCCAGAGAGGAUUUUUACCUUCGAAGGUUAAAGUGGCUUGAAUGGCAAGGGUGCAACGAUAUCUCCAGUCUACUUGCUUUAGAUAUGUCAAAAUUGAUCGUUCUUGAUUUGUCUGGGAGUACCUCCAGCCAUUGGCAGUGCUGGACACCAAUUAUGAUGCGGGCCAAGAACUUGAAAGUUUUGAUCCUAAAAGAUUGUCGUUUGCUAAUGGAAUCUCCAUUUUCCCAUGCUGCUGUGACCUUAGAGAGACUAAACCUGGAACGUUCAACAUUACCUACGUGUGCUGUGAGGUCCAUUAGCGAGCUAAGGAACUUAGUUUCUUUGAAUAUCAAGUUCUGUAGCUUCGUGCAAGAGCUGCCAAAAGAUAUAGGUUCCUUGGAAGCUUUGAAAGAGCUAUACAUCGAUGGAACUCCCAUUAAAGCCAUUGAUAUCGCAGAGGGUUCCUAUGGGAAGCUUAAAAUUCUGAGUGCUUGCAACUGCGAAUUCUUGUCUCUACCCAGUUCAAUUGGUAACUUGAAAUCUCUUUCGUACCUGGCAUUAAACGAGACUAAACUGAGUGAGCUCCCUUGUUCUAUCGGAUUGUUGGAGAAUCUCCAGACGCUAUCUCUGAGAAACUGUAGGAGCUUGUGGAAAUUGCCGGAUUCCAUUGGAGACCUCAAAAGCUGCAAGUCAUGGAUCUUUCAAGCACAAUAG